AUGACAGCUGAUGGAAAAGUUGGUGAAGAAAGGGGGCAGGGAGAUGAGAGAAGGAAAGACCGAAGAGGGAUAGAACAGAGAGAGAGAGAGAGGAGAGCAGAGAGAGGACAAGGGGAAAGGGGGAGAGGGAGAAAAAGAAAAGAGAGAGAGAGACGGGAGAUGAGA